UUUACAAAGGCCAAUGGUGAAUAUCUCCUUUGAUAUCAAUGCGUUUCUGAUGAGGAAGGAACUCAAGUUCGCAGUGGAAAUGAAAUUCGAUGACAGGGUGCAUAAUGGUGAGCUUGUAAGCGAAAACGAGAUAGAGACAGCAAUUUCUUUUGUAAUGAACAAGGAUAAUAAUGAUGUGAGGAAAAGAGUGAUGGGUAUCUCUCAAAAUGGUCCAUCGAGCUACGAAGAAGGGUGGAUCUUCGUUUGCUGCAUUUCUUCUGUUAGGGAUUUUGUUCAACAUUGGGUAGAUCUCUUAGCAAGCAGAUAAUCUAGCAUGAACAGUUGGAUGAGAUAGUUUCAUUGCAAAUUCGUUGCUACAUUGUUAUUUCUCUUGCGGAUAUAUUGAUGCAGCUUCUAAAGUGUUUACUUUCAUCCAGGAGAGGACGUGGUUCUCGUGUAAUUCGAUGAUUACAAUUUGCAAGGUUUGUGCAAAAGAUCUCUGUAGAUACGGAUUUGGAGCUGUUUAGGAAGAUGGAGCCGGAGCACGUUAAGGCAUGCUAUGUGACAAUGGCUAGGUCUUGUCUGCUUGUGCAAAGAUUGAAGUUGGAAAAAUCAAAAAGCUAUCUGUUGUUUUAUCAAGAUAUGAGGAACGCAGAGCUCAUCUUCAUCCCAACACCUACCGUUGGCCAUCUUGUCCCGUUUAUUGAAUUUGCUAGGCGUCUCAUUGAGCAGGAUGAUAGGAUCCGUAUCACCAUCCUCUUAAUGAAGCUACAAGGUCAGUCUCAUCUGGACAGUUUUGUCAAAUCAGUUGCCUCGUCUCUUCAGUUUGUUAGAUUCAUUGAUGUCCCUGAGUUAGAGGAGAAACCUACACUUAGUACUACACAGUGUGUGGAAGCUUAUUUAUAUGAUGUUAUUGAGAGAAAUAUCCCUCUUGUGAGAAAGAUAGUCAUGGAUAUAUUGACUUCUCUUGCGUUGGACGGAGUUACCGUCAAGGGACUAGUUGCUGAUCUUUUCUGUCUCCCCAUGAUUGAUGUUGCAAAAGAUGCAAGUCUCCCAUUUUAUGUGUUCUUGACUACAAAUUCUGGGUUCCUAGCUAUGAUGAAGUAUCUUGCAGAUCGACAUUGUAAAGAUACCUCGGUUUUUGUUAAGGAUUGUGGAGAAAUGUUGUCGAUUCCUGGCUUUGUGAACCCUGUUCCAACUAAAGUUUUGCCGUCAGCUCUGUUUCUUGAAGACGGUUAUGAUGCUUAUGUAAAGCUUGCCAUAUUGUUUACCAAGGCUAAGGGAGUCCUAGUGAAUACCUCCUUUGAUAUUGAGCCUUACUCUGUGGAUCACUUUCAUCAUGAGGAGAACUACCCUUCUGUUUAUGCUGUUGGCCCCAUAUUUAACCCGAAUACCCUUCCUCAUCCUGAUGAGGACCUCGCCCUUCGUGCCGAGUUGAUGAAAUGGCUUGAUGAUCAGCCUGAAGCAUCGGUUGUUUUUCUUUGUUUUGGGAGUAUGGGCAGGUUAAGAGGUUCUCUAGUGAAGGAAAUAGCACAUGGACUUGAGCUAUGUCAGUACAGAUUCAUCUGGUCAUUCCGCACAGAAGAAGGGACAAACGAUGAAAUUUUGCCCGAGGGAUUCCUUGACCGAGUCAGUGGACGGGGGAUAAUAUGUGGUUGGUCUCCGCAGGUGGAGAUAUUGGCUCAUAAGGCAGUGGGAGGUUUCAUGUCUCACUGUGGAUGGAACUCAACAGUAGAGAGUUUAUGGUUUGGUGUGCCAAUAGUGACAUGGCCAAUGUAUGCAGAGCAACAGCUCAAUGCGUUUCUGAUGGUGAAGGAACUGAAGCUCGCAGUGGAGAUGAAGCUUGAUUACAGGGUACAUAGCAAUGAACUAGUAAGUGCAAACGAGAUAGAGACAGCGAUUCGUUGUGUAAUGAACAAGGAUAAUAAUGUUUUGAGAAAGCGAGUCAUGGAUAUCUCCAAGAUGGCGCAAGAAGCUACCUUCAAUGGUGGAUCUUCUUAUUUGGCUAUUGAGAAGUUCAUACAGGACGUGACAGGAACAAAGCCUUAGCCUUUUCUUAUCCACAAGCUGUAACGUUAUCUUACGCUAAAACUUGGUUCUUUAGUUAGCUGCAAAUGAAUUUUGUUCGUAUGAUACGAAAUAAACAGCAAACGAAAUCUGGAGUUUGUGGAAGUAAUUGCAUUUUCUAUCA